AUGCCCAACAGCAGCUCCAUCAGCGAGUUCCUCCUCCUGGCGUUGGCAGACACGCGGCAGCUGCAGCUCCUGCACUUCUGGCUCUUGCUGGGCAUCUACCUGGCUGCCCUCCUGGGCAACGGCCUCAUCAGCACAGCCGUAGCCUGCGACCACCGCCUGCACACCCCCAUGUACUUCUUCCUCCUCAACCUCGCCCUCCUCGACCUGGGCUGCAUCUCCACCACUCUCCCCAAAGCCAUGGCCAACGCCCUCUGGCACACCAGGGCCAUCUCCUACGCAGGAUGUGCUGCACAGGUCUUUUUCUUUCUCUUCUUCAUCACUGCGGAAUACUCCCUUCUCACCAUCAUGUCCUAUGACCGCUACGUUGCCAUCUGCAAGCCCCUGCACUACAGGACCCUGCUGGGCAGCAGAGCUUGUGCCACCAUGGCAGCAGCUGCCUGGAGUACUGGAGUCCUUAAUUCCCUGCUGCACACUGCCAAUACGUUUUCCCUGCCUCUGUGCCAAAGCAAUGCCAUCAAUCAGUUCUUCUGUGAAAUCCCCCAGAUCCUCAAGCUCUCCUGCUCAGAAUCUUAUCUCAGGGAAGUUGGGCUACUCCUUUUUAGUGUCUGUUUAGCCUGUGGGUGUUUUGUUUUCAUUGUUGUGUCCUAUGUGCAGAUCUUCAGGGCCGUGCUGAGGAUGCCCUCUGAGCAGGGACGGCACAAAGCCUUCUCCACGUGCCUCCCUCACCUGGCCGUGCUCUCCCUGUUUCUCAGCACUGGCUUUUUUGCCAAUCUAAGGCCCCCCUCUCUUUCCUCCCCAUCCUUGGAUCUGAUGAUGGCUUUUCUGUACUCAGUGGUUCCUCCAACACUGAAUCCGCUCAUCUACAGCAUGAGGAACCAGGAGCUCAGGGAUGCAGUGAGGAAAAUGAUGCCCUGGUCACAUUUCAGCAGGGAUAAACUUCUCAUCUGUCUCUGCAAAUGACUCACAGUCUGUCCCAUAACAGCCCUGUAUUGCGUUUUUUACUCUUAAUAAUUUUUCUUUAUUUAUGUUAAUAGAUACGUUUUAGUUUUCUAUUCAUAUACAUGUGCAUGUCUGUAAUUAUCAUUAGUGAUCACGGUCUUAGACAUGUUUGGCUUCCUACCACUUCUACUGAGACAUUACCCUGCUCUCUUUCUCCUGAAGCCUGUAUGAUCCUGGGUCAGUGCUGACUCCCACAGCCUCUGUGUUCCAUCUUUGUAUCUGCAGGCAAAUGAGAUGCCAGCAGGCACCGUGGAGAUUAUAUAGGCUGGAUUAGUGAGAGGCAUCAGUUUAUUAGCCGAAGGACUAAUACAUUACUUUAGUUUGUGCUUGUCCUAAAACCUUCUAGUCUAACUGCCUGUGGGGUGGUGGGGCUGGGCUGUCCUGCAGAGAGGAAAGCACACAAAGACACCGUUCAGCAAGGCUGGGACCCCAAAAGCACCCUGGAACUCAGCACCCAGCUGCACUGUGCUCACCUUGCCCGGCUCCCAGGUGUCCCCUAUGCUGCUCUGUCACUGCCCCUCCUCAACAGGAUGGGGGAGAAAACACAGUUAACGAAUUCCUGGGCUGAGGCAAAAGGCACUUUAUUCUUUCUUUGUGUAGUACCCACUGACAGUAAAUUGUGUGUGUUAAUGGCUGCGCAUCAAAUGCAGGUUUUUCUGCACACUUGGGAACAGCUACUGAAUUCAGCGUCUCUUUCACCUUAGUAUAUUAAUUGAAACUACACCUAACCCACAACACAUUUGACUAAUAUUUUGUAUAUUUUAAUAGAUUUCCAACACAGAAAUCUGCUCAGAGUCAGUUAAGAUUUCACAUCCCUCUUAUUCCAUAUUUAUUUUAUUUCUGAUUACUGUAAUUGAAGUGAUUCACUAUCCUUGCAUUUCAUCUUUGUUGUCUCACCUCCUAACCUCCUUUCCUAAUACUUAACAAUAACAUCCUAAAUUACCCCUGUG